AUGUCAAGCAAUAAUGCACAUUACUAUGACGACAGCCAUCCACCACAGUACUACCAGGGCACUGACAACUCUGAAGGGGACAAGGAAGACGAGAUGCCGGCUACAGAGAAGGACCUUGCCGAGGAUGCGCCAUGGAAGAAAAUACAACAGAACACUUUUACCAGGUGGUGCAAUGAGCACCUCAAGUGCAUCAACAAGAGCAUCACUGACUUACAGAAGGAUGUUGGUGACGGUUUAAAGCUGAUCGGGCUCCUGGAAGUUCUGAGUCAGAAGAAGAUGUACAGAAAGCAUCACAAUAGACCCAACUUCAGACAGAUGAAACUGGAAAAUGUGUCGGUGGCCCUUGAAUUCUUGGACGGGGAACACAUCAAGUUGGUGUCUAUUGACUCCAAGGCCAUCGUGGAUGGGAACCUGAAGUUGAUCCUGGGUCUGAUCUGGACUCUGAUCUUGCACUACUCCAUCUCCAUGCCCAUGUGGGAGGACGAGGAUGAUGAGGAGGCCAAGGAACUGACCCCGAAGCAGAGGCUGCUUGGCUGGAUCCGGAACAAGGUGCCUGAGCUGCCCAUCAACAACUUCCACCGUGACUGGAGGGACGGCAAGGCCCUAGGAGCCCUGGUAGACAACUGUGCCCCUGGUCUGUGCCCUGACUGGCCGGCCUGGGACCCUAACCAGCCUGUGGAGAAUGCCAGAGAGGCUAUGCAGCAGGCUGACGACUGGCUGGGCGUUCCCCAGGUGAUCAACCCUGAGGAGAUUGUAGAUCCGGAAGUGGAUGAACAGUCCAUGAUGACUUACCUGUCCCAGUUCCCCAAGUCUAAACUGAGGCCUGGCGCUCCCCUCAAACCUAAAGGGGUUCAGCUGUACCCCAAAAAAGCCAAGUUUUACGGACCAGGUAUUGAGGCAAAUGGUAACAUGGUUCUGAAGCCAGCAGUGUUCACGGUGGAAACUCUAGAGGCAGGUCAGGCUGAGGUGCUGGUGUAUGUCAAUGAUCCUGAGGGACACACUGAGGAGGCUAAGGUGGUCUUCAACAACGACAAGAACAGGACCCACACCGUUAUUUACAUCCCCAAGGUUGAGGGCGCCCACAAGGUGAAAGUGCUAUUUGCUGGGCAGGAUGUUGAUAAGAGCCCCUACACAGUGAACGUGGACAAGGCCAUAGGUGAUCCCAACAAGGUCCAGGCCAGAGGACCAGGGCUGGAAGCUACCGGCAACAUGGCCAACAAACCCACCUACUUUGACAUCUACACUGCAGGUGCUGGUAACGGUGAUGUGAGCGUUGUCAUCGUGGACCCUGAGGGGAAGAAAGACACGGUGAAACUGAUCUUGGAAAACAAGGGGGACAGUGUUUUCCGUUGCACCUACCGGCCCAUGUUGGAAGGCCCCCACACCAUCCAUAUCCUGUUUGCUGGUCAGGAGAUCCUUAAGAGCCCCUUCAAGGUUCAAAUCAUAGAGGCCAUCAAUGCCGACACGUGUCGUGCCACGGGCAGAGGCCUUCAGCCAAAAGGGGUGCGGGUCAAGGAGGUGGCAGACUUCAAGGUCUUCACCAAGGGAGCUGGCAACGGAGAGCUCAAGGUCUCAGUGACUGGACCAUGUGGAGAUGAGGAGCCAGUGAAAGUAAAAGAUAUUGGUGAUGGUGUCUAUGAAUGUGAAUAUCUUCCUAACCAGACUGGUAAAUACACCGUCAACAUCACCUGGGGAGGACAGCCUAUCCCACACAGCCCCUUCGAUGUGGAGGUGAGUGAGGUGGCAGGCCCUCAGAAGGUGAGAGCCUGGGGUCCUGGGCUGUUGACCGGCCGGGUGGGCAAGUCGGCUGACUUCGUGGUGGAGGCCGUCGGCACGGAAGUGGGAACUCUGGGCUUCUCUAUCGAGGGUCCAUCCCUGGCUAAAAUAGAGUGUGAUGAUAAAGGUGACGGCUCCUGCGAUGUCCGCUAUUGGCCCACUAAGCCAGAUUACUAUGCUGUCCAUGUCAUAUGUGAUGACGAAGACAUCAAGGGCAGUCCCUUCAUGGCCCACAUCCUCUCUGCAACCAAUGACUGCUUCCCUGAUAAGGUGAAAGCUUUCGGCCCAGGCCUGGAGCCCAUAGGGGUCAUCGUAAACAAACCAGCAGAGUUCACAAUUGAUGCCCGCAGGGCUGGCAAAGGCCAUCUGAAUAUCUACGCCAAGGAUACAGAGAGCGUCACCAUCGACAUUAAGAUAACUGAUAAGGGAGACGGGACCUUCUUGUGUGUGUACGUUCCCAUCAAGCCCAUCAAACACACCAUCAUCAUCACCUGGGGAGAUGUCAAAGUGCCCAACAGCCACUUCAGGGUGAUUGUUGGAGAGGGCUGCCACCCAGACAAGGUCAAGGUGUAUGGUCCAGGAGUGGAGAAGACAGGACUCAAGGCAAAUGAGCCCAACUUCUUCACUGUGGACUGCGCAGAGGCUGGACAAGGAGACAUCAGUAUUGGGAUCAAGUGUGCUCCAGGAGUGGUGGGUCCAGCUGAGGCUGACAUCAACUUUGACAUUAUCAAGAACGACAAUGACACCUUCACUGUCAAGUACACCCCCCCCGGUGCAGGGAAAUACACCAUCAUGGUGUUGUUCGCUGAACAGGAAAUCCCCAUUAGCCCGUUUAGAGUGAAGGUGAAUCGUUCCCAUGAUGCUGGCAAUGUGAGGGCUGAGGGUCCAGGACUCAACAAGACAGGCGUGGAGGCGGGCACUCCGACCCACUUCACCAUCUUCACAAAGGGAGCAGGCAACGCCAAGCCAAAGGUCCAGUUAUCAGCAGCAGAACUGAAGGGAGAGGCUGUCAGGGACUUUGAGAUCAUAGACAACCAUGACUACUCCUACACCGUUAAGUACACCGCUGUUCAUCAGGGUCAGAUGACCAUCUCCGUCACCCAUGGAGGGGACCCCAUUCCCAAGAGCCCCUUCAAUAUUACUGUGGCUCCUCCUGUAGAUCUGGGAAAGGUCAAGGUUACAGGACUGGACACCAAGGUGGAAGUUGGCAAGGAUCAAGAGUUCUACAUCAACACCCAGGGAGCCGGAGGACAGGGCGAGGUGGCUGUCAAGAUGACCUCACCCUCUGGCCGACCAAUCCCUUACAAGCUGGAUUCGGACACAGCCAAUGGAGCCAACUCGGUGAAGUACAUCCCCCCAGAGGAGGGGCCUUACAAGGUGGACGUCAGCUAUGAUUGCAACACCGUCCCUGGAUCCCCCUUCGCUGUGGAGGGAGUGAUGCCUGCUGACCCAUCAAAGGUGCGUGCAUACGGCCCAGGCCUGAAGGGAGGCAUUGUGGGUAAACCAGCCCCCUUUGCCAUUGACACCAAUGGAGCGGGCCCCAGCGGGCUGGGCCUGACUGUGGAGGGGUCGUGCAAGGCUAAGAUCGAGUGCCAGGACAAUGGACACAGUACCUGCUCGGUGUCCUACCUGCCUACCGAGGCUGGAGAGUAUGCCAUCAAUAUCCUGUUUGGAAAGCAGCACAUCCCUGGGUCUCCUUUCAAGGCAGCUGUUAAGCCAUGCCUGGACCCCAGCCAGGUAACUGCCAGUGGUCCAGGCCUAGAUAAAGCCAAGGCAGGGGAACCAGCCUACUUUACAGUGGACUGCACCAGUGCCGGAGAGGCUAAGCUCACCAUCGAGAUUGUCUCUGAGUCCGGGGCUGAGUCCGAGGUCCACAUCCAGAAGACAGCCGAGGGAUCCUUCUCUGUCACCUACAUCCCACCUUUCCACGGCACACACACCAUCACCAUUAAGUACGGGGGUCAUGUGGUUCCCAACUUCCCUGCGCUCAUCCAAGUGGAGCCGGCUGUUGAUACCGGCGGUGUGCAGGUCUAUGGACCAGGAGUGCAGCCCAGAGGUGUCAUCAAGGAGGUUACCACUCACUUCAUUGUGGAUGCCCGCAAAAUGCCCAAGACCUCUGGUGACCACUUGAAAGCAUGCAUCAUCAACCCUUCAGGCACCAACACAGACACCUACAUCACAAACAAGGGAGACGGAACCUUCAGAGUGGAAUACACCGCCUAUGAGGAUGGUAUGCAUGUGAUUGAGGUACUGUAUGACGAGGUGGCCAUCCCUAAGAGCCCCUUCAGGGUGUCAGUGGUGGAGGGAUGUGACCCCACCCGGGUCAGGGCCUACGGGCCAGGGCUCGAGGGAGGACUCAUCAACAUACCCAACUGCUUCACCGUCGAGACCAGGGGUGCUGGUACUGGAGGCCUGGACCUGACCAUAGAGGGAGCGUCAGAGGCAAAAAUUACCUGUAAAGAUAACAAAGAUGGCAGCUGCAGCGUAGAGUACGUUACCUUCACACCUGGAGAGUACGACGUCAAUAUCAACUUCGGAGGACACCCCAUUCCAGGCAGUCCGUUCCGCGUGCCAGUGAGGGAUCCCAGUAAGGUGAAAUGUUCAGGCCUAGGUUUGGGUGACAGAGUCAGAGCCCACCUACCUCAGACCUUUACUGUGGACACUAUACAGGCAGGACAGGCAAAUCUGGAGGUCAGUCUCAUAGGACCAUCAGGUUCAGAGCCUGUUGCUGUAAAAAAUAACAGUGAUGGUACACACACAGUCAACUACACUCCAGUUCAUGAUGGCCCUUACACUGUGUCAGUUAAAUAUGGAGACCAGGAGGUUCCUCGCAGUCCAUUCAAGGUGAGAUCUCAGCCUGGUCAUGAUGCCAGUAAGGUUUGUGCAAGCGGUCCAGGUCUGGACAAGUCAGGUGUGCCCGCCAGCCUGCCAGUGGAGUUCACCAUUGAUGCCCGCGACGCAGGAGAGGGACUGCUCAUUGUACAAAUACUGGACCAAGAAUGCAAGCCAAAGAAGGCUACCAUCUAUGAUAACAGAGAUGGGACCUACACAGUGUCUUACGUACCAGACUCCACCGGCCCUUACACAAUCAUGAUCAAGUAUGGAGGCGAUGAGAUCCCCUACUCUCCCUACCAUAUCUUAGCCCUGCCCACUGGAGAAGCCAGCAAGUGUCUGCUCACUGUGUUUAUCGGAGGACAUGCCCUGGCAUCAGGUCUGACUAAGAUGCAGGUGCACGAGGAGGCCAUCAUCUCUGUGGACACAAAGGCCGCUGGGAAGGGCAAGGUGACCUGCUCGGUCAUGACCCCAGAGGGGGUGGAGCUAGACAUGGAUGUGCAGGAAAACCGUGAUGGAACCGUCGACAUCUACUACACCGCUCCAGAACCAGGAAAAUAUGUCAUCACCAUCCGCUUCGGAGGAGGGCACAUACCCAAGAGCCCCUUCCAUGUUACGGCAACAAAGGAGCCCAUUGUCCUUAGUGACGGCAUGGAUCAGUUCCGCCCUCUCACCCUGGUCAUCCCGUUCACUGUACAGCAGGGACCGAUCACAGGUGAGGUGCGUAUGCCCUACGGUAAGACUGCCCAUCCCUACAUAAUAAAUGACAAUGAUGGGACCAUCACAGUUAAAUUCAACCCUACUGAAAAGGGUCUGCACGAGAUGGACAUCAAGUAUGAAGGAAAUCACAUCCCAGGAAGCCCCCUCCAGUUUUAUGUGGAUGCUAUGAACAGUGGUCUGGUGACAGCACACGGCCCUGGUCUCUGUCAAGGGUCCAUCAACAAACCUGUCACUUUCAUUGUGGUCACCAAAAACGCUGGAGAAGGUGGUCUGUCCCUAGCGGUGGAGGGUCCUUCUAAGGCAAAGAUCACCUGUAAAGACAAUAAGGAUGGAACCUGUACUGUAUCCUACCUGCCCACCUCACCAGGAGACUACAAGAUCAUUGUCAAGUUUGACAACAAACACAUUGCCGGCAGCCCCUUCACUGCUAAAAUCACUGGUGAUGACUCUAUCAGGACAUCCCAGCUCAACGUGGGGACAGCAGCAGACUUGUCACUGAAGAUCACAGAGUCUGACCUGAGUCUGCUGACGGCUAAUAUCAGAGCUCCAUCAGGCAACGAAGAGCCGUGUUUGCUCAAGAGACUGCCCAGCAGAUACAUAGGUAUCUCCUUCACCCCUAAGGAGGUGGGAGAGCACGAGGUGAGCGUGAAGAAGAACGGUAAGCACGUGACCAACAGCCCUUUCAAGAUCCAGGUUGGCCAGUCAGAUAUUGGCGAGGCCAGUAGGGUCAAGGCCUUUGGUAAAGGACUGGUGGAGGCACACACCUUCAAAAUGGCUGAGUUCUUUGUGGACACUAGGGAUGCAGGUUAUGGUGGUCUAGGGUUGUCGAUCGAGGGUCCGAGUAAAGUGGAUAUUAACUGUGAGGUUGUGGAGGAUGGGACGUGCAGAGUCAGUUACUGCCCCACAGAGCUAGGCAACCACAUCAUCAACAUCAAGUUUUCUGACAAGCACAUCCCAGGAAGUCCUUUCACAGUGAAGGUGACAGGAGAAGGAAGGAUGAAGGAGAGCAUCACCAGGAAGAGAACUGCCCCCGCCAUCGCUUCUGUCGGCAGCGCCUGUGGCCUCAACCUCAAAAUCCCUGGAAACUGGUUCCAGAUGGUGUCAGCCCAGGAGAGUAUGACGCGCACAUUCACACCCAGUAGCCACACGUACACACGCAAGGAGCGCACGGAGAUCAGCAAGAUGCGGGGCGGCGAGACGAAGAGGGAGGUGAGGGUCGAAGAGAGCACCCAGACGGGAGGAACAGGAGGAGCCAGUCCAUUCAAAGAUGUUUUUGGAGAGUUCCUGGGCAGAGAGAGUCUGGCUAGCUUCGCUGGGAUACCCGCUACAGUCACACCAGGUGAAACCGCUACCAAGGGUAGUAUGAUGGCCCAGGUUACCAGCCCUGGGGGUAAAACAGAACAGGCAGAGAUCAUAGAUGGAGGGGACAGCACCUACAGUGUCCGCUUCGUGCCCCAGGAGAUGGGGGCCCACACGGUCAAUGUGAAGUACAGCGGGCAGCACGUCCCAGGUAGUCCCUUCCAGUUUACAGUGGGACCCCUGGGAGAAGGAGGGUCCCACAAGGUUCGGGCCGGAGGCACUGGGCUGGAGAGAGGAGUGGCAGGAGCACCAACUGAAUUUAGUAUCUGGACGCGGGAGGCCGGUGCAGGCGGUCUGUCCAUCGCUGUAGAGGGGCCCAGUAAGGCUGAGAUCUCCUUUGAAGACAGGAAGGAUGGAUCCUGUAGGGUGGUCUACAUUGUACAGGAUCCAGGUGACUAUGAAGUGUCAAUCAAGUUCAACAACGAGCACAUCCCCGACAGCCCCUUUGUUGUUCCCAUAGCAACGCUGUCUGAUGAGGCAUGCCGACUCACUGUCACCAGCCUGCAGGAGAAGGACCUAAAGGUGAACCAGGAAGCGUUGUUCGCUGUACAGUGUAACGGGGCAAGGGGCGUGGUUGAUGCUAAGGUCCAUACCCCCUCCGGCUCAGCAGAGGAGUGCUACAUCACAGACCUGGACAGUGACAAGAACGCCAUCCGCUUCAUUCCCCGUGAGAAUGGCGUGCACUCCAUCGACGUCAAGUUCAAUGGCAGCCACAUCCCUGGAAGUCCGUUCAACGUGAGGGUGGGGGAGGCCGGACAGGCUGGAGACCCAGGCAUGGUGACAGUUUAUGGGCCUGGACUGGAUGGAGGGUCCACAGGUGUAGCCUCAGAGUUUGUAGUGAACACCUGUAACGCGGGGUCGGGUGCCCUGUCCGUGACUAUCGACGGUCCCUCUAAGGUGAAGAUGGACUGUUCCGAUUGCCUUGAUGGCUACAAGGUCAUCUACACACCCAUGGCCCCCGGCAACUAUCUCAUCACCAUCAAAUAUGGAGGACCCAACCAUAUAGUGGGCAGCCCAUUCAAAGCCAAAGUCACAGGUACCCGUCUGUCUGGUGGUCACAGCCUUCACGAGACGUCCUCGGUCCUGGUACAGACGAUUACUAAGACGUCCAAGGUAGCAGGAGCGUACAGUACCUCGUCCUCCUCAAAACUGACCUCUGACGCCAGCAAGGUGGUGUGUCGAGGCGGCGGGCUCACCAAGGCUCUGGUCGGACAGAAGAAUGUAUUCAAUGUGGACUGCAGCAAAGCAGGUACAAACAUGUUACUGGUGGGAGUGCACGGUCCCAGGACGCCCUGUGAAAAGGUGUACGUUAAACACAUGGGCAACCGCCUGUACAACGUCACCUACACUGUCAAAGACAAGGACAACUACACCAUUAUCGUCAAGUGGGGGGAUGACAGUGUUACUGGCAGCCCGUUUAAAGUAGCUGUACCCUGAAAGAACUCUGUUCUCCAACCCUUGAAAUCUCACCCCUGACCCCCAUUUCACCGCCACCCUGCUCCGCUGCACGACUGUAGAACGAACCUCCUCUCCCAAUGUGCACAAAAAACAUGCAAAGAUGUUUCUCUCCCUAUAAGUAA